GCGAACUCUGUCGCAAGUUAACGCGAGACUUUUCUGGGAAUUGCUUUGGUUGACAAAUGCUGCAUUUCUUAACUAAAGCAUGGCCAUCCCUAUAGCCAUCUUGGACUGCGAUCUUCUCUUACAUGGUCGAGGCCACAAAACUCUGGAUCGCUUUGAUCUGGACUCCGUCUCAGACAACACCCUCCUCACACAGUUUGGUUUCCCCAGAGACUUUAUCUUGUAUCUGGUGGAGCUACUCAGAGAGGCUCUCUGCAGGCGAACCCAGCGGUCCAGAGCCAUCAGUCCUGAGGUCCAGGUGUUGGCUGCGUUGGGCUUCUACACAUCUGGCUCCUUCCAGACGUCCAUGGGGGAUACGAUAGGGAUCAGUCAGGCGUCCAUGUCCAGAUGUGUGUCCAAUGUGACCAGAGUGCUGGUGGAGAAAGCGCCCCAGUUCAUUACCUUCAACGGAGAUCCCUCCAGCAGACAGCAGUCGUUCCAGGAAUUUCAGAGGGUGGCGGGAUUUCCAGGAAUUCUUGGGGUGCUGGACUGUGUUCAGGUUGCCAUCAAAGCUCCAAACAGCGAAGACUCGUCGUAUGUGAAUAAAAAGGGCUUCCACUCUGUGGCCUGUCAGUUGGUUUGUGACGCUCGAGGAUUGUUACUCAGCGCGGAGACGCACUGGCCAGGCGGGCUCCAAGACACCGUUGUUCUGGAACGAUCUGCUCUGUACAAACAGCUGCAGGACACGGAGGAGGGCUGGCUGCUGGGUGACGGUCGCUACCCUUUAAGGAAGUGGUUGAUGACCCCGGUGGACUGCCCAGAAUCCCCUGCGGAAUUCCGGUACAAUCUGGCCCAUACAGCGACUCAUGAGAUCGUGGAUAGAACCUUCAGAGCCAUCCAGACCAGAUUCAGAUGUUUAGACGGCACUAAAGGAUACCUGCAGUAUUCUCCAGAGAGGAGUUCGUCCAUCCUGCUGGCCUGCUGCGUCCUCCACAACGCCUCGCUGCAGUCCGGAUUAGAUGCCUGGACUCUGGAGAGGACGGAGCCUCUGGAGCAGCCCAGCGGCCUCAAACAGAGACCGGAGGACCGCGACAGCCAGGCAGAGGACCUCCGAAAACAGCUCAUACGCAAACAUUUCAGCUGAGGUUACAUCGGCGCCAAAGGAAGCGAGACUUUUCAAGACCGGGACCAGAAAGCACGCAGACACUGUGUUGCUGAUGCAGUUUUUUAAUAUUUUGCUGGUUUCUACUCUACUGACUAUACUAAGAUAACAUACUUGUAUAUGGAGGAACAUGCAGGACGCUAUACACCAAACCAAGACGACGACAUGUCAAGACACAUUUCAAAUAACUCAACUACCCAGAAAGUGCGCGAUUAUUCUCUCAGGACAUUCAAUUUCUAAUGGAGAGGUUGGAAUAAACGAGCACCUUCUGGGUGUUUUACAGCGAUUCAAACUGUGUGCAGCUGCUGUGUCAUCCAGGUUUCUUUACAAGUGGAAAAAUAAAAAUAAAAUAAAAAAAUCACCCUCAAUCCCCCCCCUUUUUUUUCCCCCUCUUAUCCUCCCCAGAAAUCCACUGCUUUCCCCGCCUUUUCCCCAUUAGAUUCCACAGGUUAAAAUCUUGGACUAUGUCACACAAAAAAAAAAAAAACAAGGCCCUUAUUUACAACAACUGCACAUUAAGUUGUCAUUAUUUAUGUACACCGGUGUGUUCAGACUGUUGUGGGUGAAGAGAAUGACAGGAUGUUUGCAGUCACAUGAUUUUUUUUUUGUGUAAAAUGAAAGAAAAAAGAGAAACAUGUAAAAUGAAACUGAUACAAACAAGUAAGAAAAGCAGAUGACCUGUGAUAACUGUCACAUCAAGAUUUUGGAGGUUUUUUUUGGAGUCCGUUUUAGUAGCUUGAAGGAAUAUCAUGACAUGGAAAAAGUUUUUCUUGGGAGCACUGCUGUUUCUAUUAGAAUAGUGGUAAAGAAAUACAGACUUUUUAAUCAAA